AUGGUCGGACCAGUCAAACAAGAGGCCUUUCGUACAAACGUCGGCUCUGACGGACGGCCACUGUCGGCACAGGAACGCGAACGACUGCUACAACCGUAUCUUCCCGAUGCCUCAGCUCGCCAGCACCAGCGCUCGCAGCCUCUCCGCCAGCUGAUCAAGGCUGCCUUGCACCUCGCCCUGUACAACCUCAUCCACUUCGCCUUCUCCGUCUACCACCGCUUUCGCGUCGCGUACCACACUCUCAUCGACCGUAUCUUUGCCGUGCUGUACUAUCACCAUCGGACUCCCGAGUACAUACAGAAGGAUGUCCACCGCUUGAAGAAGCUGCCGAAGCACUUGUCAAUCAUACUGGAACUCGACCAUGACAGACACGACAACAACAGUCUGGAGUCCCUGAUCCACAAUGUUUGUGAGGUCGCUGCUUGGUCCGCCUGCGCACGUGUCCCCUUGUUGAGCAUCUACGAGCCUUCUGGCGUGCUCAAGCAGUCUUUGCCACUCGUACACCGCCGCAUCUCGCGCACCUUGGCUGCUUAUUUCGGUCACGACAAUCCGAACAAGCCUACCCUUUCGCUGGGCGCUCCACACAUGCAGUCUUUCUCGCCGCCUGCCUCGCCAAAAUCAACUGGCCAUGCCGACUCUACAAAAUCGCCUCCUCAUCUCUCCAUCCUGCUUUUGUCAGCCUCUGAUGGCCGUGGUACCCUCGUUGAUUUGACAAAGACAUUGGCUGAGAUGUCGCAAAAAGGCAAACUGGCUCCAAAGGACAUUUCUAUGGACCUGCUUGACACCGAGCUCACCGAGAGUGUCAUGGGCGAACCUGACUUGCUCAUGUUGUUUGCAGACAGCGUCCACUUGAAGGGCUAUCCGCCAUGGCAGUUAAGACUCACAGAGAUCUUCCAUGUGCCAGACAACACCGGCAUUGGAUACCAGGUCUUCCUGCGCGGUCUGUACAAUUACGCCCAGGCUCAGAUGCGAUUCGGAAGCUAG